AGACGUGGGUAUAAAUAUUCUAACGUGGCCAACAUUAACUCAUAAUCAUCGAUACAACAACAGCUACAGCAGCUCCUCGUCGUCUUCUGAGGCUUUACUCUGCAACUAAAGAACAAUGAAACGCAGCUCCGUUCUGCUUCUGCACCUUCUUCUGGGGUCAUGCUCGACCUACGCCUACGAAAACGUGGCCUUGCGGGGAAAAGCGACCCAGUCAACACGCCACCUGCACCCUUGGUCAUCUGCGGACAAUGCCAUCGAUGGAAACCGUGAUACUAACUCCGGCUCUGGAUCGUGCACUCACACUUUAGUAGAGGCCAACCCAUGGUGGAGGGUAGACCUACUGGAGUCGUACAUCGUCACCUCCCUCGUCAUCACCAACAGAGGAGACUGCUGUGCAGAAAGGCUCAACGGGGCUGAGAUUCACAUCGGUCACUCUUUAGAAGACAAUGGAGUUGGAAAUCCACUGGUUGGAGUCAUCUCUCAUGUCCCAGCAGGCAGGUCUUUAAAAGUCACCUUCACCAAACUUGUGGUGGGACGUUACGUGACUGUGACUCUGACUGGUCCAGAAAAGAUCCUUUCACUCUGCGAAGUGGAAGUGUAUGGGUACCAUGCACCAACUGGAGAGAAUCUGGCACUCCAGGGACAAGCUACACAGUCGACACUGCAUGCAACAGGUUUUGCAAAUCUUGCCAUAGACGGGAAUCGUGCCAGCAACUGGGCCGAGGGAUCUUGUAGUCACACCACCAAAACUAUGAACCCCUGGUGGCGACUGGAUCUGGGCAAAACACACAGAGUGUUUUCUGUUAACAUCACCAACUACAAUACUCAUCCUGAACUAAUUAACGGAGCUGAGAUCCGCAUCGGAGAUUCCCUUGACAAUGACGGCAACAACAACCCCAGGUGUGCUGUGAUUACCAGCAUUGCUGGAGGUUUCACUGAAAACUUCAACUGUAACGGGAUGGACGGCCGCUACGUCAACGUGGUCAUUCCUGGAAGGGUGGAGUACCUGGCUGUGUGUGAGUUUGAGGUCUAUGGAUCCAGACUGGAUUAGAUCUCAGAGGAGGUUGAACGUUUUUAUCAAUGACAUUUUACUUUGAAACUUUAUAGAAAUGGUCAAUCUUUAGGAUGAAGGUCUCUUGUGCUUUAAAAUGUUAUAUAGACACACCAGAACUCAUUUCAGACUGUUUCAUGACCAGCUCGAGACUCCAUACAGAAGCUUUAACUCAUAUCUUUGUCCAUGCUUUAGUAAACUCCUUGCUUUAAUAUCGUGCAUCCUUUUUUUCACUAUUUCAAGCCAAAUCUGCAACAACCAUGUUCUGACUGUAUAUACAUAUUAUAUUGUUUGCACUAGUUUCUUCUUUUGGAUUUGUUUGUAACAUAUUUGACUUGGCUGAGUUUUUAAUUUCACAUUAAACAGUUUGUAAAUAGAAACUAAUGAAUACAAAUAAAAAACAACAGAACGAG